GCUCCUCCUCCCCGAUGCCGCCUCGCUGCGCGCAGGGGUUGCUGGGCUGCGGGAGGCCGGCGGGGUUUGCGAGCGCGGCCUUUAUGCUGCCCCGUGGGUGAGGUGAGCGCGGCGCCCGCGUCGCUCCGUCCGCCCGUCCUUUCUGCUCCUCAGGGCGCCGGGCAGUGGCAGCGGAUGGCCGUGUGGGCGCGGCAGGCCGCCCGCUGCGGAUGGCUGAGCGCUGCCGGGUUGCUCGGCCCGAGGAGCCGCAGCGGUGCCGCGCGGGUGUGCCGUGGGGCGGCCCCGCUGCCUGCGCUGCUCUCUGGGCACAGGCUUCUUCCGUGGAGGCUGCACGUAUCUGUAGCAGACGGUGCUCAGCCGUCCCGUGCCAAGGGCGAGGGCUGUGCUCCCAGAAGCAGCUUGUCCGUAGCAGUAAAACAGGAGCAGGCGGCACCAGAGACAGUCUCUGACCUGAGCACAGCUAAAUUGUAUGAAGACUGGGAUGACGUUCCACCUUCAUCUGCUUUGGAGGAGAUUUCUGAGGAAGAAGCUGUGAAGAUCAUUGCAGAUCCACUUCUUCCCCCUCAGUCUUCCACACUUCGAGAUUAUGUUGAUCACUCAGAAACCCUGACCAAGCUUGUCCAUCUAGGAGUUGACUUAUCCCAAGUGGAGAAACGUCAAAAGGCAGGUCAACUCUUACUGACCUUGGACUUUGAAAAAGAUAUAACUAAAAUACUUCUGUUUCUGAAGGAUGUGGGUAUAGAAGACAAUCAACUGGGACCGUUCCUGACCAAAAAUCCAUACAUCCUUGGUGAAGAUCUGGAAGCUCUAGAAACAAGAGUGGCUUACCUAAAAUCAAAAAAAUUUGGUAAUGCAGAAAUUGCUCAGAUGGUCUCAAGAGCUCCAUAUUUGCUGUUGUUUUCAGUGGAAAGAUUGGAUAACAGACUGGGUUUCUUCAAAAAUGAACUUGGCCUCAGUGUAAAAAAGACAAAGGAUCUGGUAAUUCGUUUUCCUAGGCUGCUGACUGGCAAAUUAGAGCCUGUAAAAGAGAAUCUUCAGGUUUGUCAGAUUGAAUUUGGUUUUCAACGUAAUGAAGUUCAGCAGAUUGCAUUUAAAACCCCCAAGAUUUUAACUGCAAGUAAAAAGAGACUCAGACAGACAUUUGACUACCUGCACAACAUAAUGGGCAUUCCCCACAACAUGCUUACUCGUUUUCCUCAGGUUUUCAACUCAAAGCUAUUACGAAUCAAAGAGAGACAUAUGUUUCUUAUAUUCUUGGGAAGAGCCCAGUAUGACCCAACACAGCCCAGCUACAUUUCUCUGGACCAGCUAGUGUCCUUGCCCGAUGAGGUGUUUUGUACAGAGAUUGCCAAAGCCUCUAUGCAGGACUUUGAAAAAUUCUUAAAAACGAUUUAAUUAUUAACACAUGUAGAAAGGAAUAAAGUUAUGAAAUAAACAUUUUUAAAAACUGC